AUGGAGCUCGGCUGGAAGAUCAGGGCAAGCCCGGCUGCAAACAAGAGCCUUGUUCCACUGCCGCGAGAUGAUGCAAGAUUAGACCCGUUGUUGGGGGCCACAAUUCGCAAGAUCUUCGGAUCGCAGUGGUACUACGGACAGGUCAUUGCUAUUGACACGGAUGUGACAUCGGGCGAGAGGGCGUACCACGUGGCCUACGAGGACGGAGACGAAGAGCACUUGAGCGCUCUGGAAGUCAAGCGCUUCUUAGCCGCUCCCACGCGCUCUGCACGGCCCUCAGAGGCUGGGCGCUCUGCUCGCCCCUCGACAGCAGGCCGGGAACCAGGCACACCGCGGCCAAGCCUCCCGCCUGCCUCCGCGCGACCCUCGCGAGGAGGUCAUGUACGAAUUGCACCGAAACCAACUUGGGCGAGGUCUUUGGGAGAGGUCAAAUUGGCCUCAUUGGGGACCAUACUGGGAACGAUGGGCAUCGGCAUAGCCAUUGUGAUCAGCGUGUCCACCUGCCUGUCCUGCCUGUCGAGCCUUCUGAGUUCUGGGGACACAGAAACCACCGUUUCUGACCUCAGGUCUGCUAGCUUUUCGACAGCUCUGCCACCGUGGGCUCAAGCUGCACCAGAUGAAGAGGUGCCCCUUGUGACUGGAUCCCGCUGGUCACCGCCUCCCAUGGAGGAGGUCGAACUGCCUUCGUCCAAAGAGCCGACUCCUCUCCACGUCGAACGUGAGCUUCCUGAGUCGAUCGUGACGGCUGAAAUUGAGGUUGCAGAAGUCCCCGAGGCAGAGGAUGUCUCGAGCACGUUCGAGACAAACCUGCCUCAUGAUUUCAGCAGCGUGGAGCACAUGGAGCCUGUAGCAGGAGGAGCUGCGGAGUCAGAGGCUGUGGCAGUGCAGACAGUCGCAGAUGAAGAGUUGGCUGCUGCUGCAGCAGCACUGGUUGAGGCUUCUGGUCUCGUUGUCAGAGUCGCCGGACGAGCAUUCGUCCGCACGCUCGAGGAGGCCUGGCACUAUCUCCUUGGUGGUAUGUCUGCAACGUUGUGUGGGGCUGCUGGGGGUUCAGGUCCUGAGCCCAGUAAACCGGAGCCGCAGCUGGAGGCAAACAGCGAUGAGGCUGUGAGUGGGCUUGAGUCGCUAAUGACCUCGGUCCUGGUGGCUUGCGCGGGAGUCAUCACCAUUCUCGUCAGCAUCCGUCCUGCAGAGGAUGUUCCAACAGCCCUGCCUCACUUCCCGCGCCCUGAGGCGCAGACAGGCUGGCCAGGUCAAGCGUCUCCCAUGAGGCCCUAUGUUGGUAAGCCCAGUCCAGCUCACUUCCCGUCGCCGAAUGCAGUGCCGGCGCCUGCUCUUUUUCGUCAGGCCACGCAACAGGAGCUUCAUGCAUGCAACACACCUGCUCGAGCCAAGACCACGCUGCAGCAGGUGAAGGUUGAGAUUCCAUCCACUCCACCGGCAGCUAGGCCAUCUUUGAUGUCCCGCCUGGGGAGAACCCCUGCAACUGUGACCGCCGCCGUUCCACCAGGUCCAGUUCACGUCGAGCGCCGUUCAGCACCACCUCCACCGGUGAGCCUGACGGCUACCUCAGCCGCCCCAGUUGAGCCUUCUCCAGCGCCACAGCAGGCGCCGCUGAGAGAGCACAUAAGAAGCGACCGCACGUCCCAGGCCAAGGAGGGAGCAUGUGCCAGAUGCGGGAAGCCGAUGUAUGCAGAUGCGAACUUCUGCAAGAAUUGCGGGCAGCAGAGGGGCAAGAAGCUUCCGCAGGUUCCACAUGGCCAAGCUUUUUCUGCCGGGCAAAGGGCAAAGUCCAAACAGGCUGACAAGCCGCGGGGCUUCCGCUACGCAAAGCAGCUGAGCAAGCUGAAGGAACUGGGCCAUUCGGAUUGUGAGGAGAUCCGAGAUAUCUUGACCAAGUGCAGCGGAGACUUGAAUGCUGCCCUGAGAGAGCUCAACCCUGGCAGCCGUGCCUAA